ACAAUUAAAGAAAAGCAGAAAAAGGUGGCCACGGAUCUCUAUGAUUUACCAAUCAAUGACCUCAAAUCUUUCAUUUUACAUUUCCUCUGUUUCUCCUCUUUCCUCUCCUCUUCCAUCGAUUCGUCGCCUCUCUCUCCGUUGUCGCAGCUCUCUUCCUUCUCACGAUAUGGAGGCUAAACCAAGUCAAGGUCUUUACCCACUUCACCGUUGCAAAACCAUACAUCUGGUGAGACAUGCUCAAGGAGUUCACAAUGUUGAAGGAGAGAAGAACAAUGAGGCUUACUUAUCUGAGGAUCUCUUUGAUGCACAUCUUACACCUCUUGGAUGGCAACAAGUUGAUAAUUUACACAAGCAUGUUAAGGCAAGUGGGAUUUCCAAUAGAAUUGAGUUAGUCGUUGUGUCGCCUCUGCUCAGGACUUUGCAAACUGCGGUCGGAACUUUUGGCGGGGAAGGUUACAAAGAUGGCAUUAAUGCACCUCUGCUUAUGACCGCAGGUGCUGGAAACCGCGAUCGUCCUGCUAUAUCAAGCUUAAAUUGUCCACCGUUCAUUGCGGUAGAAUCCUGCCGAGAACAUUUGGGUGUUCAUCCUUGUGACCGAAGACGUAAUAUCACCAAGUACCGCGAAUUAUUCCCUGCAAUUGAUUUUUCAUUGGCAAAUGUCUUGUGGAAGCCUAACAUUAGAGAGGAGGACCAAGAUAUUGCGGCCAGAGGCGUGAAGUUCUUUAACUGGUUGAGUACAAGGAAAGAAAAGGAGAUUGCGGUUGUUACUCAUAGUGGGUUCUUGUAUCAUACAUUAAACUCAUUUGGAAACGAUUGUGAUCCAUCUGUGAAAAACGAGAUUUCUUCAAAAUUUGCCAACUGUGAACUCCGUUCGGUUGUUCUUGUAGAUAAAUACAUGAACAGUUCGGAUCCUCCAGUGAGACAUGCUCAAGGGAUUCACAAUGUUGAAGGAGAGAAGAACCAUGAGGCUUACUUAUCUGAGGAUCUCUUUGAUGCACAUCUUACACCUCUUGGAUGGCAACAAGUUGAUAAUUUACACAAGCAUGUUAAGGCAAGUGGGAUUUCCAAUAGAAUUGAGUUAGUUGUUGUGUCGCCUCUUCUCAGGACUUUGCAAACUGCGGUCGGAACUUUUGGCGGGCAAGGUUACAAAGAUGGAGUUAAUGCACCUCUGCUUAUGACCGCAGGUGCGGGAAACAGCGAACGUCCUGCUAUAUCAAGCUUAAGUUGUCCACCGUUCAUUGCGGUUGAAUCCUGCCGAGAACAUUUGGGUGUUCAUCCUUGUGACAGAAGAAGAAAUAUCACCAAGUACCGCGAAUUAUUCCCUGCAAUUGAUUUUUCAUUGGCAAAAAGUGACGAAGAUGUCUUGUGGAAGCCUAACGUCCGAGAGGAGGACCAAGAUAUUGCGGCCAGAGGCGUGAAGUUCUUUAACUGGUUGAGUACAAGGAAAGAAAAGGAGAUUGCGGUUGUUACUCAUAGUGGGUUCUUGUAUCAUACAUUAAACUCAUUUGGAAACGAUUGUGAUCCAUCCGUGAAAAACGAGAUUUCUUCAAAAUUUGCCAACUGUGAACUCCGUUCGGUUGUUCUUGUAGAUAAAUGCAUGAACAGUUCUGAUCCUCCAGUGACCAACUAUCCUGGAAAAAUACCUGCCGGAGAAGAUCUUCCUAGUGAAGUUGCAAGAUUCGCAAAACCUUAUUACAACCUUCAAAACAUAAUGGAGACAGAAGCAGUAGUAGAAGAAGGUUUCUUGGCGGUGGAAGACUCAGGUAAACUUCCAUGUCGCUUGUUAAGUCGUCCCUCUGUCUCUGUUCCUAGCCAGGAUCAACAGAAGCUCUCGCAAGCAGUAACGCAAGAAACGAGAACUCGUCCUCCAAAUUCAUACUGCGUGAAGUUCCAGUCUUUUAUUACUAUGGCAAAACAGGUCAAAGAAAAUGGUGGCAAGUAUGAGUCACGUCCAUUCUCCGUCGGUGGAUACAACUGGACGUUCAUUAUCUACCCGAACUCAGACAUUCCAUCCGGCUCGGGUGGAUACAUUUCGCUUUACUUAAGAAUCGAUAACUCAAGCCUCAUCACCAAUCCAAAAGAUGUGUACGCAGAUAUCACAUUCCUCGCUUAUAAAGGCAGUACAGACAAGUACCAAUCAUACCAAGAGACUGAUGCGCAGCGAUUUCAUUUGUUUAGACAACAGUGGGGACAAAUAACCUUUCUUCCGAUAGCAUAUUUUGAAAAUCCGGGAUAUGGAUACUCUUUCGAUGGCGGAAGCGUUGUGUUUGGCGUUGACAUCAACAUUGUUAAACCCUUUGAAAAUUGGGAAGUUUUCUCUAACGAACAAAACAUUCGUGACCCUAUUUUCGAAUGGAGACUCACCAAAUUCUCCACACUCUUUCAAGACUCUUACACUUCUGGUUCCUUUUCUUCCGGAGGAAGAAACUGGGCAUUGAAAUUGUAUCCAAAUGGAGUUGGAAAUGCAACGGGUAAUUCAUUGUCACUCUAUUUGUUGAGUGAGUCAAAUGAUAAGGGUUAUGUGGAAGCCAAGUUACGAGUUAUUGACCAGAUCCAAUCCAACCAUUUUGACAAAAAAGUGGCGGCAUGGCCCAAUGCAACAGAGAAUGGAUGGGGUUUCGACAGGUUUCUACCUUUUGCAGAUAUCAGAAACACAUCCAAAGGUUACCUUGUCAACGAUACCCUCAAACUUGAAGUCCAGAUCUUUUCCUUCUCGAAAACCGACUUCUUCUCUCACCAAUCAUCUGUUUUUUUUCCUAUUUCGUAUGGAGAUAGUAUUUAGGUGACUAAUCUUCGCUAUGUGAUUCCACAACUGGUCACUACCAGUCUGGUUCUUUGUUUUUGUUUUUGUUCAAUAAUAAAUGAGUUCGUGCUUU